AUGUCGACAAGGAAAUUAGACGACGAAAGACCUGGAGAUGAAGGAACAACAGUGCCCCCUUCUAGUGAAGUAAUGAAUCCUGACAAACAACCUGCUGAGGCCGAAGAUCUUUGGCACAGUCUCAUACACUGGCAUGAUCUACCACACUGGCUGCAAGACAACCAGUUCAUCCACGGCAGCUACCGGCGGGCAUCCUACAGCUACACAAGAUCUCUUCAAAGCAUUCUGCACUGGCAUAACGAGAGCGUAAACAUCUGGACGCAUUUAGUCCCUGCCACUCUCAGCUUGCCCUUUGCAGCAUUUCUCUAUAGCGUCCUGGAACCUCGCUAUGAGAAAGCAUCAGUGGCCGACGUUAUAGCAAUGAGCUGCUUUUUCGGUGGCGCAGCUAUCUGUCUAGGACUGAGCGCAUUCUACCACACACUGUCCAACCACUCUCCGCGGGUUGCUAGAUUCUGGAAUCAGCUGGACUAUGCCGGUAUAUCUGUGCUGAUUGCCGGUUCAUUCAUUCCCAGUGUAUAUUAUGCAUUCUGGUGUCAUCCUGGGAAGCAAUGGACAUAUUGGAUCAUGAUUUGCACCCUGGCCAUAGCAUGCACCACAACGUCAGUCCUUCCGCGGUUCCGAACACCGGCCUGGAGGCCUUACAGGGCUUUGAUGUUCGUCGGCAUGGGCGUCUCCGCAGUAUUUCCUGUCCUGGACGGGCUGAGGACCUUUGGACUGGGAGAUCUGGAGAAUCAGAUUGGUCUGUCUUGGCUGGUAUUGCAAGGAGCUCUGUAUAUCUUGGGAGCCGGUCUGUAUGCGGCGAGGGUUCCAGAGGCCAUCUACCCAGGCAAGUUUGAUACCCUGGGAAGCUCACACCAAAUCUUUCAUGUCUUGAUCGUCUUGGCCGCCUUGUCCCAUCUCAAAGGACUCCUCAAAGCCUUUGAUUACCGGCAUGGGGCCAUGUCGUCUGUUUGCCUAUAG